AUGUUUGGUAAAGACUAUGAUGAUGAACGAGAAGUAAGUGAUGAUUCAAAUGGGAACGAAUUGAAUCAACCGGAAUUUGCGUCCGAAAAUUUGGAGCAAGUCUACAAAAAAAGUGCGGAAAUUGGCGACAAAGAUGAAAAUAGCGAUGAUUCAGGAUUCAAUUUUGCAGCACAGGAUGCUGAAAUACUUGCAGAAAGAGAUAGUGCCCGUUCAAGUCUAAUAAAACAAGCCGACAAGAUGUUACAAGCGUCUAAAGAGAGAUUUCAACCUUUGGAUGUUGGAAAGAACGUAAGAAUUCCAAUUAAUCCGGUUGAUCGACCAAAAAUUGGCCACCGAAAUCUUUUGGGCGUUGUCACUGAAGCAAUCGAUGGGCUUUACACGAUUGGGACGGCGAAUGGGACUCUACCACAGAAGUUUUCAAGAAAUCAACUCUAUCCUUGUGAGACGAACUUCCUUGUUAUUGCUGAUGUGCCGGAAUGUUCAACUUCCUUUCGUGCCGCCAUCGGUGAUUCUUCUAUUCACGGGAAACAAGGCCAUAAACAUUGCUUAUGUGCUGGAAAAUGCUCAUCCAAUCGAUCUCUCUUG